UUGGGGUUUUUUUCCUGUUCAAGAAUAACACCAGUCUCUUUGUUUCUUUCAGUGCACAACAUGAUGAUUCCAAUGUCACUUACCCUGCCCUGAUCUCUCUGAAGCUUUUAGCGUCUCCACAAUAAACCUGAGAUUACAGUUCCCUGCCGGAAUAUGCUCAGUGAGCGGCUCAAUUUUUGGAUGAGCUCUUUUGAAAUCCAUUUCAAAAGAUUAUAUAAAACUCUCUCAAAUCAAUUUUGAAGAAUUAUCUCAAGAUUAUCCCUUAGGUUGGUGUAAAUAAACUGUUAAUUUUGGCAGUUUUUAAAAGCUAAUGAAGCUGCAAUCAUCACUAUUUAACCACAAGACACAGGUGGUGCCAUGAUUGCUUUUGCCUGACAGGGCUUGCAGGAGGUCGUUGCUGAAUAUGCAAGACUUAGCGGGGCCUGUUAUGCCCAGGAAAUUCUCUAUCUUUGAUGGCUUUGCCCUCUGGUGGUGGGGCUUGCUCUUUGGAUUAUUCAUUGCGCGUGCAGAAGUGAUGGCUUGUCCCACAACUUGCCACUGUAUCGACAAGAGCGGCAUGACCGUGGUCCAAUGCAUGUCUCGCAACCUGGAGAACAUCCCGUCAGAUCUUCCGAGAGAUACCGUUGUCCUACUUUUGGCAUCCAACCACAUCACCCACAUCCCAAGCCACGCAUUCAGAGAACUGCACUACCUUCAGGAGCUGGACUUGUCCAACAAUGACAUUGAGACUGUGGACCUUGGAGCUUUCCAAGGUGUUUCAGACAGCCUCCUUGCCCUGGACCUAUCAAACAAUCGCAUUCAAAGUGUCCCCAAAGAGGCCUUUGCACGUCUACAUGCAAAAAUCAGCCUGUCCAACAACCCGUGGCACUGCGAGUGCAUGCUGCAGGAGGUCCUGAGGGAGCUGCGGCUGGACCCCGAGACAGUCAACGAGGUGAUUUGCCACACGGCGGUGCAGGAGGAGUACGCGGGCAAAUCCAUCAUCCAGGUGCUGGACUCAGGGAUCAACUUCUGCAACUUUCACCACAAGACCACCGACGUGGCCAUGUUCGUCACUAUGUUCGGUUGGUUCACCAUGGUGAUCGCGUACGUCAUCUACUAUGUGCGACACAAUCAGGAGGACGCCAGGAGGCACCUGGAGUACCUCAAGUCACUGCCUAGCAGCUCUCAGAUCAGCAAGGACUUUGACACCAUCAGCACUGUUCUCUAGCAGGGCUGAGGAGAAGGGGUGUGCGUCUGUAAAUAUGUGAGUAAAUAUGUUACGUACAAAAUGACUAAAAAGCUGUUGGUACACAUAAACCACCAGUGUUAAUGAGCACAGUGACUACAAUGAGCCAUUUUAAUUAUUAAAGCUCCAUAAAAGAGUUAUCUUUUUUACAAUUUCAUUAAAUAUGGGACAGGGAAAGCACAAAAUAAACAAAAUACUCCUUAAAGUCACAUUUCCAGGAUAGAUGUUAUAUCUAGACUGGAGAGACAAAUGUUCCCACGGUGGUGUCGAUCCACAGUGUGAUUGAAUUUGGACUGAGAUGAAUGAGGAGGACGGCCGUGUCCUACUGUUACUUUGUAUUGAUUGAUUCAUGUUCUUCAUGUCAUACGGUCUAGGUAAAGGCCUCUUUACAAGACUUUGGCUUAGAUAUGAAAAAGGGCAAGGUGUUGUCAUUCAGUUUGCACAACCCAUGCAUAAACAGCCCUGCCUUCAGACCUUACACAAUAAACUACUGAACCAGGAAAUAGGGUUUCUUUGUGCAAACACUGAAUUGUUUCAUGGCAAAUAUAAAAUGUAUUCAAACAAGGAAAGGUUGUCGUACACUGGCAGCUCUGAUGUGUUUUUGGUACAUCCCAAAAAGAGCUUAACAAGUUCUCUCUCAAAAUCUCAUCAUCCCAUGCAGAGGUUAUAAAAGAACAUUAACAUGUCCACUUUACUACUAAACAAUAUUCCUGCAUCUUUUAAACAAUAUGUGAUUAU